AUGUAUGUACAUUUACAAUUAGUUGAAAAAAAUCUAUGGGUAUCCAUCUCCGAAGGACCUUUUAUUCCUAAGGGCGACAACAAUGUUGUUAAACACCCAAAAGAUUGGACAGAUAAUGAAACCAAACAGACUUCAUAUGAUUUGAAAGUGAGGAACAUACUUAUCUCAUCUUUAAGCAUGAAAGUAUUCUACUCAAUUUCACAUCAUAAGAGUACUAAAGGUAUGUGGGACCCUCUCCAAACCCAUUAUGAGGGAAUGGAUGACACCAAGGAUUCUAAGAUCAACAUGUUUAUAGAGAAGUUCAAACUAUUUCAUGUGGACCAGGAGAAUUUGUGA